AUGCCGUCUGCUGACAUUGUUAUAAACCGCUGCGUCGGGCAGGGUGCCUUCGGCUUGGUCUACGGAGGUGAAGCAAAGCGUAACGGUCGUUGGCAUGCAGUUGCUGUGAAAAAGAUCAACAACAAAGCUACUUAUGAGGGAAAAACAGAUUUUCUUUCAGAGGCGAGGCUUAUGCGUCGACUUAAUCACAAGAACGUAGUGCGACUAAUUGGUGUAUGUCUUCAUCCAAAAGACAAAGAUAUUCUUCUUGUAAUGGAGUUUAUGCUGUUAGGCGAUCUCAAGUCAUACUUGUUGGGCCGACGAAUUUUGGCUCAAAGGGAUAAGUGA